GGUGACCGUUGAGCUUUUUCUUACCGGCGGGCUGGAGUAGAAUGUGGUAGGCUGUGAGACUGACAAAAUCGGGGCGCCAUAUUGCCAGCUUGUGUUUGGUUACCGUUUCUGGCGCGUGGUGAAGAAUUUGUUAUAUUUAAUUGAUAACGAUGUCGGACAAUCAGGAACAAAAACCCGAAGCCGGCCCAGGCGAUGCUAAUUCCGAGUACAUCAAGCUCAAAGUUGUCGGAAACGACAGCAAUGAAAUUCACUUUAGGGUAAAGAUGACCACUCAGAUGGGUAAAUUGAAGAAAUCCUACAGCGAUCGCGUGGGUGUACCUAUGACAUCGCUUAGGUUUCUUUUUGAUGGUAAAAGAAUUAAUGAUGAUGAAACACCAAAGCAGCUUGAAAUGGAAAAUGAUGAUGUUAUCGAAGUAUAUCAAGAACAGACUGGUGGUCGCUAUUGAGUAGUCAGGUGGGAGUCUUCAUUUCGUUCUGAUAAUUUUAAAGUGAAAGUGACUCGUAACAAAAAGAAAUGGACAAGUUUAUAAGUACGCAUAUAUAGAUACACAACACACAGGUUAACAAACAAUAUUGUAAACUCUUCGAUUUCACAUGAUGUUGUAAAAUGUGCUGUCAUACAUUCCUCUACCAAAAGGCAAACCUCAUGCGGUACAAAACAUUAAUUCAAUCAUAAAACAUUUAUAUCGACAGUUGUACUGGAAUAUGACUAUAUAUUUUGUCUUUUUUUUCUUACCAUUGUUGUAAUAUCAACAAAGAUAAGAAAUCAUUUGUUGUUAAAAUGUGUUCAGGCAAUUCAAAGCAUUUCUUGCUUAUUCUCAAACAUCUCUAAUGUUUUUUGCUUUCUUUUUCUGUUUCACGGGAAAUACAGAAUAAUGCAAAAAUGAUAUGACAAAAUUGUUACGUCUGAGGUAUACCUGUAAUAAAAGUAAUGAUAAUUUUAAGUUUUUUUGUGUCGCUUCUUUUGAACGAUUGCAACGAUAAGUGGUUCGCGAAGUGCAACUUCCGAAAAUUCAAGAUCAGCACUUUGCUCUCUUAGGAAAGGAACCAACGUUUCUUACUUUUUAUAGAUCAUGAAAUUCGAUACGUGUACUAUUGAUGUAAUUAAUUCGUAUCUCUGGGAUAAGAGUACCGAAUCUAUAAACAUGUUAUACUAUAUUUACACAUGUUAAGACAAAAUCCUGUAUCGAAUUUAUGUAACAAUUUACUUUUCUGUAAAAAUUACCUGAACACUUAAAUAGUUUCAUAUCUAUCAACGCGAAAGUUUAAACGGAAUUCGAAGUACGCUCAAAGGAUGUUCGAAAAAUGUUCAAGCACCAUUUGAAAUAUUUUGACAAUGUCCUUUGGUCUUCCGCAUUGUUUAGAUAAAAAUUAAUAACAAUAAUGAUUGAUUGUAAUGAAGUUCUUAUGUGCAAGAAGAAAAUAGUAUGUUUAAGUGACAUUUUAGAUAUAAAAAACCAUUAAACAUACAUUAACGAGCCCGAAUGUUUUUUUACAAGCAUAUUUUACAUCCGUCGCUAAUAUGAAAUCUCUGUAUUAGUGAUUCAAGAAAUAUAAGAAAUUCUUUGACUUAUAUGUAAUUGCCUGUGUAUUUUAAAAAAAUAUAUAAUAAUAUGGUUAUGUA